AUGGCACUUUCCAUUAUAUCUACAGCAUUCAGUCAAUUGUAUGUCUCAACUUGCCCAGCUUUUCUGGUGGAUUCAAUCCAUGGGAGAGAUUUGACACCACUAUUUGUAGAUGAUGGCCUUCUAGAAGUUGUUGGUUUUAAAAAUGCAUGGCAUGGACUUGUUUUGCUUGCUCCAAAAGGACAUGGAACUCGUCUUGCUCAGGCACACAGAAUCCGGUUUGAGUUUCGCAAAGGUGCAGCAGAUCAUACAUUCAUGAGGAUUGAUGGGGAACCUUGGAAGCAACCUCUUCCAAUUGAUGAUGAUACUGUUGUUGUUGAGAUUUCUCACCUUGGCCAGGUCAACAUGCUAUCCACUCAUAAUUGCAAGUCUAAAAGUGUGUAUGAUCCUUCAUCACCACACCAUGAGGAUGAGGAAGAUGACACUGAUGAAGAAGACUCUGUAGCAGAGGAAUUUCGGAAGUUCGGUGCAGCCGAUACAUUUAGAAUCCCAGAUGAGGUUGAUGCUUCUCAGCAUAGUUAGUCCUUCAUUAUUAAUCCAUUCAAGUGUUAUGCGGCUGAGAUUUCUUAUACUAAUUAGUAGUUAACCCCUUCAAAUAUUUGUGGAUUCUAUCGAUGUGAGAACCGAUUUGUUCAUUUCUAGCAGCAUUAUGGCCGCAAACAUGAUAACUGUAUUGGGAAACAAUAAUUGCAGUUGAAAUACAUAGAUUUCAAGUAGACUU